ACAACGUACUUUAGAUUUAUAAGAAGUAAUUUAUACGAUUUCGCACUCCAUUGUUAAUAAAGUUAGCCCACAGUAAUGGGUUUGUGUAAUUCGAUUGAGUUUCAAAGUGAUAUGCACCUGGUUAUAGUGGGAGGAGGGUAUGGUGGAAGUCACCUUGCAUUACAGAUGAUAAAAGCAAAUAUCUGCAAAGUCACCUUGAUUGACCCACGAGAUGCAAUGUUUCACAGCAUUGGGGCGUUACGAGCUACUGUGGAUGACGAUUACAUGAAAAACUUGUUUCUUCCAUACGAAAGCAUGAUUGGCGAUUCAUUCAUGCGAGGUUAUGUUGAAAACAUUGAUACAAAAAGCAAAAUCCUUAUUUUAAAAGAUGGAAGAACGGUCGCUUACACACAUUUAGUGAUUGCUGUUGGUUCCCGAUCUAAUUUUCCUUCUAACCUGAGCAAGGAUUAUCCCGAUGUUAAUAUUGAUGAAGGGAAAGAAAUUUAUACUGAUUACAGAGAAGAGAUAAUGAAAUCUCGUCGAAUAGUUUUGGUCGGCGGAGGUGCAGUGGGUGUGGAACUUGCUGGUGAAAUCAAAACCGACUAUCCGGAUAAGUCGGUUACAAUCGUAUCAUCCACCAACUACCUUGUUUCAAGUCGAACAAAAACUAAGUUUCAGCGAAAUUUACUGAACGUGUUGCGUGCGAAGGAGAUAUCUGUUAUUUUAGACGAGAGAGUUUCAAACCUCGAUGAGCUGAUCGUCAAUCAAACCAAAGAAGGACAAAUAGUAAUAACAGAGAAAGGUUCAAAGGUCGAUGCUGAUCUCAUCAUACCAUGCACGGGAACGAGGGUUAACAACAAAUUCUUUCAACAUGAAAUGGCUCGUUCAAUAAACGCACAAGGGGCAUUGAAGGUGAACAGUUAUCUUCAGGUCAAAGGCCACGAAGAGGUCAUAUGGGCACUUGGUGACGUCACAGACGUGAAAGAAGAGAAGUUGGCAUACCACGCCCAACGACAAGCAGAGGUACUGGCUGCUAAUUUCAAAGCAGAUACCACCAAUUCGAACAGGAAACAAUAUAAAACAGGUCCAUUUGUGAUAUUCGUAUCUGUUGGGAGGAACGAUGGAGUUGGUCAAAUGUUCGGCGUUCAGGUUGGAAGUAAAAUUGUGAAGAAAGUUAAAGGGAAAGAUUUACUUGCGAGAAAGACGUGGCAAGUUAGGGGGAUGACGCUACCAGUAACAUAAACAAUUGUGCUUGUAUAUGAUUGCAUACAUAUAAGUUUUAUAUUUAUCGCUGAUUGGGAGACAUAUACUUCGUAACAAUGGUCUUAUUGUGCCAAUAUUUUAUGUACCCUUGGCGUGAUUUAAAAAAAUCAACUCUGUAUAAUAAAUAAGCAUACUGGGUGCUGUAGUACUUCUACGUCUUAUAAUCUGGAGAAAGUCAUGCUUGUUGAUCACAUCAGUAAUAUUCCGGACGGGGACAAUUUGUCCCUGGAUGUUUUGUCUUUAUCUCGUGUCCGCUUAUGAGUUACCACGAAAUAAAUUUAUUACAGAUCUUUUUUUGUAUGGCUGACAUAAUUGAGACACAUCAGGAGGGCUAUUGUUACUCAUUAGUGAAUUGCCCAAGAACAAACUCACCCACAAAGUAAAUGGUAGUAAGCUGGCACGAGGUGUUAAACCCGUGUGAUAACGACUGUCGUUUUCCGGCCAUGCGAGAAUAAAGUAAGUUACAUUUAUUCAUUCAAACACAUUUCGUCAUUGAGAAUAAAAAACCGUUGGCUGCAAGCGACUAAACCAGAGAGUCAGAUUUUUGCAGUAUCACCCAAGUAAUGAAAAAGUCUUCUUCUCCUGCUGCUUGCUUAGAAAUUAGAAUCAGGUAGUUUAGUUCGUGAAAUUUUUAUUGUUAAACAUGCAAAAAAACAAUCCGCGACAGUGUUUUAAAUACAGUGUCAUUUCAAUUCCGAAUCUUUGUUUUGUUUGAACGUUGAGUUGCGAAACUAAUCUUGCCCGGGUUUCUUUGCUUGUGUAUGAUGGGGUUUAGUUGUCACAGUGCACAAACA